GUAAACAACAUUUUUGACAACUGUGAGAAUAUUCCAUCCCUGUCAAUCUUAUUUAGCAUAUCUAUCUAGGAAUGGAAGAUGGAAUAAUAACAAAAGUUUUACUGAAGAUGAGAAGUGGUGAAUUUGACUUAGAGAGCAUUCAUUCUUUAAAUUUGAGAGAACUUGGCAUUUCGGAUCUAGGUUGCAUAAGUGAAUGUGCAUCACUUGAAAGACUUAAUUUGGCCAGAAAUGACAUAUCAAAACUAACCAAACUGGCUGGACUGAACAACCUAACACAGUUAAACUUGUCUGCUAAUAGGAUUGUCUCCCUUGAAGGACUACAGUCACUUGAAAGUUUGCAACAUUUGAAUCUUGCUGGAAAUUUAAUUGGCAGUAUUGAUCAUUUGAGAUGUCUUACCGGACUAGACAAACUGAAAACUCUGAGACUGUGUGAUAGGACUCAUGAUUUGUUUAAUCCUGUAUGUAUGAACAAGAAUUACAGAACAGAUAUGAUCAGCAUGUUCCCAAACCUGGAAUGGCUUGAUGGUGAGAAACUGAUAGGAAGAGGCAGUGAAGUAUUUCAGCUGUGUCAGAAGAUAGAAGAGGCCCUUGAAGCAAGACAAGAAAGUGAAUCACUGAGCCACUUGCCAAAACCAUCAAAAUGGGUACCAGAUGAAUACUGGGAACCAUCAAAUAAAUUUGAAGAAUCUAUAUUGUCUGACGCCUCAGAAGAACUGGAAGCCCUGCUUAUGUCUUGUAAAUAUUCAGUGAACAAGUCUGAAGACACUCUGAACUCUUUGAAAGAAUCAUCAAAAUCAUGACAUAGGGCAAUUAUAGACAAUCAUACCACAUCUCCAUAUUUUUAUAACGACAAUAAAAUAAUAAUAAAAUAAAGUCUCAUGAUAUUAUAAACACUA